CCCCCUUCUUUUCUUCUCCCCUGUGUGCCACUGAAAUCUGUCCGCCGGAAGUUAUGCUUGCGGUCUCCCGACCAAAAAAAAAAUGGCGAGUGGCAUCGGCAAACACAAGAUACUGAAUGUGGGGCCAACAGAGCCCUGGUCAGUCAGGGAGAAACUGUGUCUGGCCUCCUCUGUUAUGAGGAGUGGUGACCAAAACUGGGUGUCUGUAAGUCGAGCCAUCAAGCCUUUCUCAGAGCCCGGUCGUCCACCUGACUGGUUCUCACAGAAGCAUUGUGCUUCACAAUACUCUGAGCUGCUGGAGGCCACAGAAGCACCUAAGCGUAAACGUGGUGAGAAGGGUGAGGUGGUUGAAACUAUUGAGGAUGUCAUUGUUCGUAGGCUAACAGCAGAGAGGAUAGAAGAACUGAAAAAACUGCUGCGAGACACACAAGAGCAGUACAGAAAGUUGAAGAAGGAGGUGGAUCUGAUACAGACUGGACAUAUGGACUCUCAGCUGAAGGAACUGUGGGCAGAGAUCACACUAAAGAAGAAGCAGGAUGAGGAGGAAGCAGAGCAGAAGAGAAAAGCCACAGAAACUGCGUACCAAGCUCGUCAGGCAGUGAAGAACACACCGAAGCGUCUGCCCAGUGUAACUGUGCGCUCUCCUCUGGGUGCCAGCCCACCAAUGCUGGAUUCUCAAGCCGAAUCUUCUGUUCCCACACCGCCCAUGGAUACAGGAGGUGUUGCUUCGGAUGACACCACUACUCACUCAGUUGCCCAGGGGGUCGGAGUGUUUUUACCAGCGACGGAUGCUCCAGGCCCAGGGCCCAAAGAUGGAGGCCUGGCUACUCUAGUUGAUGACUCGCCACAGAAGAGGCUCUUGACCCAGAAGGCCACACCACCACCCUCUCCUCUCCUGUCAGAACUGCUGAAAAAAAGCAACCUCAUCUCAGCCAGCCCCCACCUGGUUGCCGAUGGAGAUUCUACUGGAAACCUCAUGAAUGGAGUACAGACAGCAACUGCAGUCACUGCCCUGCCACCCGGUCACGAUGUCAUCACGGAGGGUGAAGCAGAUGCUGCAGUGAAGGCAGAGCUCAAUGAGGAGACAGGAUUAGUGGAAGAGGACCUUGUAACGGUGUCUUAUAUAGGAGACGAACUAGACCUUGAGACUGUAGAUGACAUCAUUGCCAUCAUAGAGUCCCAGGUUGACGACUCUGUGGAGGCUUUGGAUGCAGCGGCGGUGGAAGCAGCUCUGUCUUUGUGCGAAGAGGCUGUUUCAGAAGAACACACACUCCCUGGCCCAUGGGAGACCCAGGAGCUGAAAGCUUCAGAUGCUGCACCCACAGUCCCAGACUCUGAGCCCACACAGGAACCUCAGGAUGUGGCCACAAUGUCAGCCCUGACCCCUGCCAGCAUAGAGACUCAGAACCAACCUGAGAUUAAAAGAGAAGAACAGCUUAAGGGAAACUGCGAGGGUCCUGAGGUGACAGGAAGUGAUGUCACUUCUUCUGUUGCCUCUGAUGAUGGAGCUACAGGAAGUGAGGUUACAGAGGAGGGGACAACAGGGAAGGAGUCCACUGAGGCAACAGUGAAGAGUGAGGGGGAGGAGUGGAGCCAGCCAGAGCCCAGCCUGCCUUGCCUAGACUCUGAGGACAGUUCUGUGUCUGGUAAAGAGUCCAAGGAGGUUAAGGAGGAGGAGGUGGGGAGUGAGGGUGACCCUGAAGAAGGGAUGGAACUGAAGGAGGAGUGUGGGGAGGGCCCCUAUCUGUCAGAGGUGGAGCGGGCAGCCAGCGAGAGUGAAGAUGGCUACGGCCCGCCCUCCCAGCGCUACACAGCAGAUUCACUGGCCAGCAGCCCAGCCUCUUCUUCCCAGCUCUCUACAUGUGGUGAGGACCAGGAGGCAGUGCAGGCACAGAAGAUCUGGAAGAAAGCCAUUAUGCUGGUGUGGAGAGCUGCAGCCAACCACAGGUAUGCCAGUGUCUUCCUGCAGCCCGUGUCAGAUGACAUCGCCCCUGGUUACCACAGCAUCGUACACAGGCCCAUGGACCUGUCAGCCAUUAAGAAGAACAUUGAGUCCGGCGUGAUCCGUACGACUGCUGAGUUCCAGCGAGACAUCAUGCUGAUGUUUCAAAAUGCCGUCAUGUACAACUCGUCGGACCACGACGUGUACCACAUGGCGCUGGAGAUGCAGAAGGACGUCCUGGAGCACGUCCAGCAGUUCCUGGCUACGCAGCUCAUCAUGCAGACCUCAGAGAGCGCCAUCUCCGCCAAGAGCCUCCGUGGCAGGGAGGGAAAUCGUAAGCCAGGAGAGUCAACGGACAAGGAUGGAGGCACCAGGGGUCGUCGUAGCGCCAUGGAGGCUGACCUGAAAAUGAAGAAAUAGCCUGAAAUUUCAAAGAAUGUCACUGGUUGGUUUCUGAAGAGGACUGCAGUCUGUGUAUACAUAUACACGUCCGUUGGUGUAAAUAAGGAUGUUUGUGUCUGUGUGUGUUUGAGAGAGCCGCUCAGAGCUUGCUCUUCUGCACUUGGUUCAUGUGCAGCACUGUGGGACUUCACUCCAGGACAAAUGGUGUCCCACCUACCCCAGGUACCAUCUCACCAGCAGUGCUCUUCAUUUCCUCCUGCUGAGCAAUGAACUUUGUGGAAAGAGAAAAAGAACUUUUUCACCAGCAAAAGUAUGUUUGGGGUCACAUGAUAAAUGGCACAAGGCACUCAGCUUCAGAUGUGAUGGGCUGAAAAGGUAUUAGAGCAACAACCAGAAGUCCACAAUGUACAGCUUCUGUAAAUUCAGAAUGAAUACUAGCACUGUCUGGUCACCAUCACACAGCUAGACAUUCUGCCCUUUUCAUUAACAGAACAAGGGAGUCUUUCUAAAAU